GAAGGUAAUGAGGUUGUCGCAGUAGCACCCGCGAAGGUUGCGCCCAAGAGAGGACCUGGACGCGCUUCUGACACCUCAGCGACGAACAAAGCCAAACCCUCUCUAGCAAAGGGCAAGGCACGAGCCGAUGGUCCGCCACCAUCCAAACCCAGUCGAAGUGCCACGCGUGAAGACGAUGCAAUGGAAGUAGACGGCAUUCGCAGUCCAGACGAGAAUGGAGAGGAGCCGUCUCGGAAACGUGUACGUAGUGGGCCACCAGCGAAGUCAACCAGGGCUGCAGCGGGACCAAGUCGACCGACGAAGGAGCAGGAUGCGGUAGCGCGAGAGGACUCGAAGAUAGCGCAGGACAAUGAGGACCUUCGUAAAGAGAUCGACACCAGGGAUCAGUACUCAAAACAGCUCGAAGAAGCACUGCAGAUACGGCGUACCGAGCCCGAACAAGCUUUGCAGGAACACAUGGCUGUGUAUGAAAAUAUGCUGAAAAGUGAGCGCGGAAUACAGUACCAACAAACAUGGCAGGACCUAUCAAACGCCGCAUCUACCUCCGCAAAGUCCCAGAUACCCCACUUCCUAUCGCGUGCCGCUGCCGACGCUGAGAAGGAGACGACGGAGAAGGAAGUUCGACGACUCAAGGACGUCAUCAAACAAAAGGAUACCGAAGUCGCCGACAAAGACAGAAAAAUCGCAGAGCUGGAACGAGAUGUGAAGGACAUGCGUUUCGAGCUUAACCAGGAAAUCGAGAGAGGCAAGACACUGGCUGCUCGUCCUCAGGGAGCCUCACUGGUUCGCUCAGCAGUCAAGCCAGACGGAGAUCCAAGAAAUGCAGCAGUCAUCAAGCUCUAUGAGGACAUGAGCAAUCUCCUCGUCAUAUCGGCGAAGGUCGAGAAGAGUCAAUAUCUCGGCCUUGACGAGAAUGUCUUCAUCUGCGUCUACACUCAUACACAGGGUGAAGCGAACUCAGACGAGGAAAACGCGAGCCUCAGCUUCAACCUGCGAGAGUUGUAUGAGCGCCCGGAAGGUAGCGACCCCAGCCAGCCCGUGCAGUCUAAGAAGGAGCUCGUCCGCAAGUGCAAGUACACACCGCUCAAUGUGGACGACAAGGACCCGGAGUUCUUCCAGCGGCUUGAGUUCUUCAAGGAGCCGUUCCUCUUCGCAUGGGACCAGCUCACGGUCUUCUUGAAGACGCUCACGGACAGGAUGGCCGCGGCAGUCAAUCCGGAGGACGAAGAGGGUGAGGAUGAUGAGCUCGAAGACGAGGAAGGCGGGGCCGUGGAGAGGGAGGUCAUCCAUAUUGACUGA